AUGAAGAACAUUCAUGCAUUCGCUGCCAAAACUCCUAUGGUCGUGGAGUGUGCAUUCGAAGCAGAGAUAGUGGCGAUUAAUCAUCGCGGAUCAGCUACUAAAGGGAUAUUUCACGUGAUUUGUGGUGGAACGAGAUCACUACUUGGUCGUUCAACGGCAAGCGAUAUGGGGCUUCUACGUGUUGCAACUACCAACAGUCUUGAGGAUGCUGGUGAACGGGUAACAUUCCCAAAAAUGCCUGGAGUAAAAAUCAGAUUCAGCGUCGAUGAUAAAGUUCCACCUGUGAAGAAUGCCUAUUAUAACGUGCCAGCAGCUUUUCGUGAGGCAGCGAAACUACGUUUAGAGGAAAUGGAAUCGCAAGGCAUUAUCGAGAAGGUAACAAACGCUCCAAACUGGAUAAGUGGGAUGUCCGCAGUCGCCAAGGGAAAGAACGACUUUCGAUUGGUGGUCAAUAUGCGAGCCCCGAAUAAAGCUAUCAAUCGAGAGUAUUUCCGGCUGCCAUUAAUCGAAGAGAUGAAGGUGAAGCUCCACGGGUCGAAGUAUUUCAGCAAACUUGACCUCAGCAAUGCGUUCUAUCAUCUCGAACUGCACAAUGAAUCUAGGGAUCUCACCACAUUUUGUCAGAAAAUGUUUACAUUGCGCACAGAUGCUCAGGGGGUAUCAUUUAUCCUCAACCGUACACGCGAGGAAUCAAAACGGGCAUUGACACGAGCUGACGGAUGGGCAUUAAGAUUAAGUCCAUACAGCUACACAGUUGAAUACAUUCGAGGGUCAGAGAACAUUGCUGAUGCUUCUUCAAGGUUAUAUGUUGGAACCGACGAGCCAUUCGACGAUGACUGCAGUCCUUGGGAAAUUGCAACCCUGGAAGCCAAUGGUGUCGAUUUCAUCACCGACGAUGAAAUCAAAAAAGCCACAGCGGACGAUCGAACUCUUCAAGCAGUCAUGGAAGCUUUGUACUCAGAAUGUUGGCCGAAACACUUGCAAACAUAUCAGCGUCUGGAAGAAGAUUUGUCCAUACGAGAAAGCAUGUUGGUGAAGACGGGAUGCGUGGUGAUUCCAGAGGCGCUACGUCAACGUGUGCUGCACAUUUCGCAUCAGGGUCAUCCAUCGGCGGCGAAGAAUAAAAGUAUCCUACGACAACGAGUGUGGUGGCCCGGCAUGACCAGUGACGUCGAGAAGUGGGUGGAUUCUUGCUCUUCGUGUGCGUUGAACGGUAGACCAGAGAAGCCUACCCCAAUGCAGCGCAUCCUUGCUCCGAAAGCGGUCUGGGAAACAAUAGCGCUGGAUUUCAAUGGACCUUACAUCAAAUUCGGUGGAAUUUCCAUCCUCGUCAUAGUUGAUUACCGGUCGAGGUUUUUGCUUGCUAAACCAGUAAAAUCUACUAGUUUUGAGAACACCAAAAGAGUUUUGGAGGACGUUUUCGACAGAGAAGGUUUUCCAAAAACGAUAAAGACGGACAACGGCCCGCCUUUCAACGGUGAAGAAUACAAACGCUACUGUACGGAAAGAUCAAUUACACCAAUCUUCCACGCCAUUAUUCCCGCAACAGAACGGGCUCGUGGAGAGCUACAUGAAAGUAGUUCAUAG